GCGACCCCACAGCCAGCCAGUCCGCUCGUCCGCUCACUCAUGUCCUGAUCGUGCGCACAUACGCAGCGCCUGAACACCUCUCUGAACUCCCCACAUCGCUAUCUCAUUGCUCAACACGAAGAACAUCUACUGAAGGAAAGAGAAGCUGCCCACAGAUACCUGUUUUCCCUGCCUUUCUUUCUCUUUUCUGCGCGACCAGGGGAAAGUGCCGCGUCCUGAGAGCAGAAGUUGUUGGAGAGAGAGGAGAAGAGUUGUUGACGGUGAAAUAAAACUCGCUUUAAGUCCAAGGACCAUCAACAGGGAGGUGAAUGGACCUCCACCGCCCCUUCAAGAUGGACAGCCCCUCCUACCUGCCAGCUCCUCUGGCCUCUCCUGCCCUAAUGGUCCUUGCCUCCACCGCAGAGGCUGGCCGAGACGCUUCUGUCCCCUGCCAGGCGCCAAGGCCCUUUGGUAUCCCUGUCUCUAUGGAGAAAGACCUCCACCUCCCGUUCCCCUCCGCCUCUUACACCUUCACCUCCAUGUACCAGCGCCAGGGCCCCAUGUCAGGCACCUUCCCCUCCCGAGACUUCCCGACCUCCCUGCUCCACCUGCAUCCCCAAUUCACCCCACCAAACCUGGACUGCUCCACCCUCAGCAUGCUCAACCACAGCGGGGUUGGCGCCUUUCGACCUUUCUCCUCCCCACAAGAAGAGAGAGAGUCAGGGGGUUACCAUUCGGCUUUCACCCCGGCUAAGAGGCUGAAAAGCUGCUUCCCUGACGUAGAGGGGAAGGAGUUUGACUUUGGCUCUCCAGGUGGCUCCCUGAAAGGUGGGGAGGACUCAGGGAGGAAGCUUUUCUCCAUGUCCGGCCUGCUGUCUGAUGGAGAGGCUUCGUCAAGCCCGGAGGAGCGAAAAGAACACAGUAAAGUGAAGGGUCUUUAUGACGCUCAGGCCCCUAUGUGUCCAGUCUGCCAGGCUGUUCUGAGACCGGGAGAUCUGCAGGAACACAUGGAGCAGGAGCUGAACAAACUCACCCAACUACAGAUCAGUGUCACUCCAGCGCAGCACGACCACCUCAUGAGGACGCCAAAGUCUAUCUCGCUGUCCUUUCAUAUCAAACGUGAAGGAGCUUCUCCUACCUCGCCCCCGCGACCAUCUGAGGACACCAACUCUGACAGAUACCAGACAUUUCUCCGUGUGCGGGCCAACAGACACACCAGGCUCAAUGUUGAUGACCUCUGCUGGUGCAGGUGCUACGUCAAAUCCGCCCCAUUACGCCCCCACAGCGCAGGAGCCCACCUAGACUGCACACAAGCCGUCAGGAUCGGAAAGCUGAAGAGAAGGAAACCAGAAGAGGGACAGGAGGACUUGGUGCCGUUAGAGGACAACUGGAACGAGAAGAGAAGGAUACAGAUGACAUCUAUAGUUGGAGGGUUUAAAGCUGCAGUACUGGUGAGCACAACCUCUAAAGAGUGCAGAGACAGCGAUGCAGACCUCGACGUGGAUGGAGACGACACUCUGGAGUACGGCAGAGCGCAAUACACAGAGACAGAUGUAAUCCCCUGCUCAGGAGAAAGCUCCAAAGAGACAACAGUGAACAGCAGCAGCAGCAUGUUGCCAAACUCCAGAGUGAACCCCGAAUUCUCCAAAUGGUCAAAUGAUGGGAGCCCGUCUACUAGCAGUGGAGAGAAAGUGGACGGCAGCAUAGCAGGUCUUCCCAAAACCUGUAAAAACUCUGACAUAGAGAUGCUCUCGGAGGAUUCCUCACUGACAAGUCUGGAUGCACUUAAAGCUCGGAUACGGGAUUUGGAGAAACAGUUGUCUAAAGGAGACAGAUUUAAAUGUCUGAUCUGCAUGGACACAUAUACGACCCCGCUCACCUCCAUCCAGUGCUGGCAUGUUCACUGUGAGGAGUGUUGGCUUCGAACACUGGGAGCAAAGAAGUUGUGCCCUCAGUGCAACACCAUCACCUCACCUGGAGACCUGAGGCGGGUCUUCCUGUGACACAUGGGAGGGGCCUCUUCUGUUUUUAACCAAUCAAGGGUGGACCUGUGGACAGCUGGCCUGUCAAAGACUCACACCCCCUCCUCCUAUUCCGCUUCCUCACAACUCCCUCGUUCUACCUGUUCAUCAGUGUACUCCUAACAUCCGCUGAUAGACACCUGACCAUUUAGGGGAACAGCAAGUGUGAUCUCUACCUAUCUUCACAGCCCUGUACAAUAUCCACGGCAACCCAACAGAUGAAACAUCGAACACCAACUCAGAGCUCAGGCACUAAAUACAAGAACAAAACAAAUGCUUUGGGAUAAUAUAAACAGAUUUUUGUAAUUCUCUUUUUGUGUUUAACAAGGAAAACAAAACAAUUGAAUCACAUUUUAAGCACAUGUACAUAAUUUGUGUAUGUUUGGAUUGGUGUAUGUAUAUUUUAACUAACCCGACUGGAUUUGCUGUACAGAUAGUCUCUGGUUAGAUCAUUCUUAUUAUUAUUUGUUUAGCUUCUAUAGUUUAGAAACAUUUA